AUGAGCACAACUCCAACCAAUACGACUACAGUAACCGGGUCAUCGCCUACAGGUUGGUUUUUUAAAGGGACAGGGGGGUUUAUCAACAUUUUUUCCCUUCAAAAUAGUCCAAAUUUCACGAGAUUUUUUUUCGCUACAGUACUCCUCCUACAGUAAUCUAGCUCAAAAUUUCUUGGCGUGAAAUUCUGGAAGACUACAGUACCCUGAGAAAAAAUUGGGCCAAAGAUUCCAAAAAAAAUGGAUCAAAAUUAUUUCCCUUCAAAAUAGUCAUAAUUUUAGGGGAUUUUUCGCUACAGUACUCCCCCUACAGUAAUCUAGCUCAAAAUUUUCGUGGCACCAAAAAUCCAGCCAAACUACAGUACCCUGAGAAAAAUUGUGCCAAAGAUUCCAAAAAAAAAAAAUGGAUCAACAUUAUUUCCCUUCAAAAUAGUCCAAUUUUUCGGCUACAGUACUCCUACAGUAAUCUAGCUUUAAAAUUUCGUGGCACCAAAAAUCUAGUCAAACUACAGUAACCUGGGGAAAAUUGUGCCAAAGAUUCCAAAAAAAAAAUGGAUCAACAUUUUUUCCCUUCAAAAUAGUCCAAAUUUUACGGGAUUUUUCGCUACAGUACUUCUCCUACAGUAAUCUAGUUCGAAAUUUUGCGAUCUGGGAGACUACAGUACCCUGAGGAAAAUUGUGCCACAAAUUCCAAAAAAAAAAAUGGAUCAACUAUUAUUUCCCUUCAAAAUAGUCCAAAUUUCACGAGAUUUUUUUUCUACAGUACUCCUCCUACAGUAAUCUAGCUGAAAAUUUUGUGAUCUGGAAGACUACAGUACCCUGAGAAAAAAUUGUGCCACAAAUUCCGAAAAAAAAUGGAUCAACAUUAUUUCCCUUCAAAAUGGUCCAAAUUUCACGGGAUUUUUUCGCUACAGUACUCCUCCUACAGUAAUCUAGCUGAAAAUUUCGUGGCACCAAAAAUCUAGUCAAACUACAGUACCCUGAGAAAAAUUGUGCCACAAAUUCCAAAAAAAAAAUGGAUCAACAUUUUUUCCCUUCAAAAUAGUUCAAAUUUAACGGGAUUUUUUCGGCUACAGUACCCCGUCUACCGUAUUCCAGGUACAGUAACCCACCAUCACCAACAAUCAUCGCCUCAAUCUUCGCCAAUUCCCACCGCCACAAAUCCGAACUCGAAUCGAAAUACGCCGAUUUCGACGAAUCUACGCGAAACAAGUCCCGGAAUUUUGGGAGAAGAGCCACGUUUGAAUGCGGAUUCUGAUGAUGGAUCACAUGGAUCACAAGAUCCGGGCAAGAUGUUUAUUGGUGGAUUGAGUUGGCAAACUACUGCUGGUUAGUAAGGUUUUUAGGGGUUUUUACGUGAAAAAUUAUGGAUUUUAAGGUCCUUAAGGUCUCUAAUGCAGUUUUCACGUUGAAAAUGGUUAAUUCUCAGCAGUUUUUUAGAGUCUAGGGUAGUUUUUUUACGUGAAAAGUAAGCAAUUUUGAGGGUUUUUAAGGAGUUUAGGCUCUUUUUAAGGUCCUUAAGGUGUCUAAGGCAGUUUUUCACGUUAAAAAUGGUUUAUUUUAAGGUAUUUCAGGUUCUCAGCAGUUUUUCAGAGUCUAGGGUUGUUCUUUACACAAAAAAUAAGCACUUUUGAGGGUUGUUAAGGAGUUUAGGCAGUUUUUAAGGUUUUUACGGUCUCUAAGGCAGUUUUUCACGUUAAAAAUGGUUAAUUUUAAGGUAUUUCAUAUUCUCAGCAGUUUUUUAGAGUAAAGUGUAGUUUUUUACAUGAAAAAUAAGCAAUUUUGAGGGUUUUUAAGAAGUUUAGGCUUUUUUUAGGGUUCUUAAGGUCUCUAAGGCAGUUUUUCACGUUAAAAAUGGGUAAUUUUAAGGUAGUUCAAGUUCUCAGCAGUUUUUAGAGUCUAGGGCAGUUUUUACAUGAAAAAUAAGCAAUUUUGAGGGUUGUUAAAAAGUUUAGGCUUUUUUUAGGGUUCUUAAGGUCUCUAAGGCAGUUUUUCACGUUAAAAAUGGGUAAUUUUAAGGUAUUUCAGGUUAUUAGUAGUUUUUAGAGUCUAGGGUAGUUUUUUAAAUGAAAAAUAAGCAAUUUUGAGGGUUGUUAGGGAGUUUAGGCUCUUUUAAGGUCUCUAAGGUCUCUAAGGCGGUUUUUCACGUUAAAAUGGUUAAUUUUAAGGUAGUUUUGGUUAUUAGCAGUUUUUAGAGUCUAGGGUAGUUUUUUUCGUGAAAAAUAAGCAAUUUUGAGAGUUGUUAAGGAGUUUAGGCUCUUUUUAAGGUCCUUAAGGUCUCUAAGGCAGUUUUUCUCGUUGAAAAUGGUUAAUUUUAAGGUAGUUCAGGUUAUUAGCAGUUUUUUAGAGUCUCUAAGGUGACUAGGGUAGUUUUUUACGUGAAAAAUCGGUGUUUUUGAGGGGUUUAAGGUGCUUUAGGUUCUUAAGGUUCUAAAAUUUGCGAUCUACCGAUGUUUUUUUUUUGAGGUACUGUAGUUUUGCUUUGCCACGUGGCUAGAUUUUCAUAAAAUUUUUAACUUUUUUGCUAGAAAAUCCCCCCAAAAUACCAGUUCUCAAUUUUUUUUUGAACAAAAACACCUAACUACUUUUUUCAGUUUUGUUUUUUCUUCUUUUUUUUUCGAAAAUGAACAAAAAAAAACUAGAUGCCUUCAUAUAUUUUUUGGUUGUUUAUUUGUCCACUUUCCAUUCUGUUUUUCUCUAAUUUCUCCCCCAAAUUUCUUCUUACUGUGUUUGAAAGAGGACUGUUUUUGUGUUUUGAAAACACAAAAACACUCUCUCUCUGUAUUUUCGCCUUUUUUUCCAAUGUAUUUGAGUCAAGGUACGGUUGUUUUUGGUGCAAAAAUUUGCCACGUGGCACAAUUUUUUUGGGGAAUUUUUUAGAUCACAAAUUUUAGCCUCGGAAAUUUUUUUGUAGAUCACAGAGCUACGCGGCACAAAUUUUGAAUUUGAAUUUUUUUUUGACACCGAAAUUUCCACAUAACUACAGUACCUCCAAGAAAAUAUGGAUCGUCUUAUUUCGAUUUUUUUGCUACAGUACUCCUCCUACAGUAAUCUAGCUCAAAAAAAUACAGUACCCUGAGAAAAAUUGUGUCAAAGAUUCCAAAAAAAAAAUGGAUCAAAAUUAUUUCCCUUCAAAAUAGUCCAAAUUUCACGGGAUUUUUUUGCUACAGUAAUCUAGCUCAAAAAUUUGUGAUCUGGAAGACUACAGUACCCUGAGAAAAAUUGUGCCAAAGAUUCCAAAAAAAUGGAUCAAAAUUAUUUCCCUUCAAAAUAGUCCAAAUUUCACCGGAUUUUUUCGGCUACAGUACUCCUCCUACAGUAAUCUAGCUCAAAAUUUCGUGGCACCAAAAAUCUAGUCAAACUACAGUACCCUGAGAAAAAUUGUGCCAAAAAUUCCAAAAAAAAUGGAUCAAAAUUAUUUCCUUAAAAAUAGUCCAAAUUUCACGGGAUUUUUUCGGCUACAGUACUCCUGAAGGUUAAAAGUACAGUAGAUCAAAUUUUCCACGUGGCAAACAUGGCUACAGUAACCUGAGGAAAAUUUUGCUACAAAAAUUCCAAAAAAAAAGGAUCACAAUUAUUUCCUUCAAAAUAGUCCAAAUUUCACGGGAAUUUUUCGCUACAGUACUCCUCCUACAGUAAUAUAUCUCAAAAUUUGAAAAUCUGAAAGACUACAGUACCCUCAGGAAAAUUGUGCCAAAGAUUCCAAAAAAAUGGAUCAAAAUUAUUUCCCUUCAAAAUAGUCCAAAUUUCACGGGAUUUUUUCGGCUACAGUACUCCUGAAGGUUAAAAGUACAGUAGAGCAAAUUUUCCGUGGCAAACAUCGCUACAAUCUGCAAAAAUUUUACAGAAAAUCUUCGCGACUAUUUCGGUCGUUUUGGUGAAGUGAACGAAUGUAUGGUGAUGCGUGAUCCGGCGACAAAACGAGCUCGCGGUUUUGGUUUUAUCACUUUUGUAGAUCCGUCUAGUGUGGAUAAGGUGAGUUUUCGGGCUUUUUUAGGCCUGGGCUGGGAUUUGGACCGAAAACUGGGCUUUUUUUGCGGAAAAAUUGGAUUUUUUGGGUAGAAAUUAGGCUUUUUUAGGCUUCAGGCCUAAGCUUUAGGCUUCUUUCCUUAGGCUCACAAUUAGGCUUACUUUUAAGCCUAAAAUAGUUAGAUCUGAAUCUAGGCUUCUAGAAUUAACUUUAGGUUUAACCUUAAAAUUUAGGUUUAACCUUAAAAUUAGGCUUAUUUUGGACAAACCUUAAAAAUAGGCUUAUUUAGGCUUAACCUUAAAAAUAGGCUUAUUCGGGCCUAACCUUAAAAAUAGCCUUAUUUUGGACAAACCUUAAAAAUAGGCUUAUUUAGGCUUAACCUUAAAAAUAGGCUUAUUUAGGCUUAACCUUAAAAAUAGGCUUAUUCGGGCCUAACCUUAAAAAUAGCCUUAUUUUGGACAAACCUUAAAAAUAGGCUUAUUUAGGCUUAACCUUAAAAAUAGGCUUAUUUAGGCCUAACCUUAAAAAUAGCCUUAUUUUGGACAAACCUUAAAAAUAGGCUUAUUUAGGCUUAACCUUAAAAAUAGGCUUAUUUAGGCCUAACCUUAAAAAUAGCCUUAUUUUGGACAAACCUUAAAAAUAGGCUUAUUUAGGCUUAACCUUAAAAUUAGGCUUAUUCAGGUUUAACCUUAAAAAUAGGCUUAUUUAGGCUUAACCUUAAAAUCAGGCUUUUUCAGGCUUAACCUUAAAAAUAGGCUUAUUUAGGCUUAACCUUAAAAAUAGGCCUAUUUAGGCUUUACUUUAAAAAUAGGCUUUUUCAGGCCCAGUUUGGGCCCAAAAACACGCGAUUUUUGCAGGUUCUUCAAACUCGCGAGCACGAAUUGGACGGCAAACGAAUCGAUCCGAAAGUCGCGUUCCCGAAACGAGUUCAAUCGAAGGUAGGCGAAUUUUUCGCGCGCGAAAAAAUCGCAGUCGCAAAAAAUUUAUGCAAAUUUUGCGCAAAAAAAUAAAGUUUUUGGCGGGACCCCCCUUAUAGCAUUUUUUUUUUCGAGAAAAAGAGGAAAAAUUGAAAAAAAAAACGUAUACACACAUCACUCACAUUAAAUUGAGCAUAUAUUUAUUUUUGCGGGCUCUGUGCUCGCCAGAAGAAUAGAAAAAUUCUCUGAAAAUGUGUGUUCUUCUCUUGUGACAGAUUAAUGAACCUAAUUUUGAAAAGUUUUGCAUUGGGGCGCACUUGCUGCCUACCCUCUUCCUUUAAAAAAACUUCCAAGAUUCCCUUUUCUUCUCCCGAAAAAGUGGAAUUAGUUGGAUUUUGAUUGAUUGUGACAAAAUAAGCCCCAAAUAGCACAGAUGUUUGAAAAAAUUUCGAAUUUUUUUGAAAUUUUCUUCUUGCCGCCAAAAUUUUCUUAAAGCAACACGAGAGACUUUUUGGGGUUACUGUAAUUUUAAAGGAACAGCCACCUUUAAUUUCUAUUGAAAAUUUGAAGGUAUUACUAUAGUUCGCUUCAAGACCCAAAAACUCACAAAUUCGAGAAAAUUUCCGGGAUUACUGUAUGUCCCUUUAACCGUAGGCGAUUUUCUGUAGAUCGAAACCUGUAACUCGAGAUCCCAAAAACUCACAAAAUCUUCGAGAUUUCCCGGAUUACUGUAGGUCCCUUUAAACUUCGAAAUUGUUGCAUUUCUGUAGAUCAAAACCUCUAGGAUUACUGUAGAUCUCUUCGAGACCCAAAAAAUUCAAAAUCAAGAAAGUUCCCGAGAUUACUGUAGUUCGCUUCAAGACACCAAAAAACCAUAAAUUCUCAAGGAUUUUCCGGGUUACUGUAGGUCCCUUUAAAAUGCAUAAACGAACAUGCGAUGUUUCUAAACUACGAUAGAUCGCUUUGAGACCCAAUCUCCAGGAUUACUGUACCUCCCUUUAAGAUUUAUUUGUUUAUUUUUCUUUGCUGUUCCAAACCCAAAAACACAUUAUUACCUCACUUUUCCCCCCCAACUUUUUCCAUAUUUUUCUUCGCAACCACUUCCUAUUUUUUCGCCAUUUUCUUCGCCUCAAAAAAUCUUUUUUCUUUUUUUUUUGGUUGGUCCGCCCAUUUUUUCUUUGGCCAAAAAGCUUUCAACCGCGUUUUCCUUACUUUUUCCCCUAUUUUUUAAUCGACGUUUUACAUACAUAUAUUUAUUUUUUGCUCAAGCUUAGCUCUUGUUUUUGCUUUUCUGAAGAAAGUAAACAACAACUAUAUUAAUAUUUUUCUAUAAUACUUCCUUGAGCUGAAAAUCUCUCUAUAGCAUUUUUUGCCUGAAAAUUCGGGCUCUCCUCUACGUCUCUGCCGAGGUUUUGGGGUCUCUGGUUGUCUAGCUUCUCUAUCUCUGCGUCCCUAACCUUUCUCUAGCUGUCUAGCUUGCCUCUGCGUCUUCUAUAUAACUAUACAUCUGAAAAUCUAGGCUGAAAAUGGCAUAUGUCUCUUAUGGUUUUGUGCCGACGGCGGCCGCCGCCGGAAUUCCGUCAGUCGCUGGAAUUGGGGUAGGUUUUGGCCUUUAAAAGGGUCCCACAACGAAGUACUGUAGAAAACAGCGCGCGAAAAUCUUUUUCAAAAAAGGAAAAAUGGGGUCCUGCAACGAAAAAAAAAAUUACCACACAGACUACUGUAUUUAAAGGAACAUUUCAUUUGCAGCUCGUCACAAAAACGAAAAAAGUGUUCAUUGGUGGUCUGUCAGCGACUUCCACACUUGAAGACAUGAAAAUGUAUUUUGAGACGUAUGGAAAAGUCGAAGAUGCCAUGUUGAUGUUCGACAAAGCCACUCAAAGACAUCGAGGUAGGUUAGAGAACGAGAGGAGAUGUCUGGUUGUCUAGCUUCUCUCUGCGUCUCUCUUCCUCUAGUCGUCUGCCUCUCUCUCUCUGCGUCUCUAACCCUCACCGGUUCUUUUUCCAGGCUUUGGAUUCAUCACAUUUGACAGCGAUGAAGUGGCCGACAAAGUGUGCGAAAUCCAUUUUCAUGAAAUCAACGGAAAAAUGGUCGAGUGCAAAAAAGCGCAACCCAAAGAGGUAUGUUCCUUUAAAUUUUAUCCUCGGUUACGGUAGCCCCCCUUUAAGCUUAGAGGCCUGGAGAAGCCUGGAAGCCUAUAAAAGGCCCUCAAAUCCUUUCAGAAGCCUUGAGAAGCCCCUUAGAAGCCUAGAGGCCUAUAAAAAGCCCUGAAAUGCUUUCAGAAGCAUUGAGAAGCCUAGAAGCCUAUAAACAGCCCUGAAAUGCUUUCAGAAGCCUGAAAAAGCCCUUUAUGAGCCUAGAAGCCUAUAAAAAGCCCUGUAAUCCUUUCAGAAGCCUUGAGAAGCCCCUUAGAAGCCUAGAGGUCUAUAAAAAGCCCUGAAAUCCUUUCAGAAGCCUGAAAAAGCCCUUUAGAAGUCUAUAAAAGCCCGAAAUAGUCCUAAUAAGCUCGCUAAGGUCUAUAAUUGCUCUAAAAGCCUUUUAGAAGCCUAGAAAUACAUUAAAGGCCCGAAAAGCCCUCACCAAACCUCUCUUGAAGCCUAGAACGGCCCCUGGUUGCCUAGAAAGACCUUCAAGGUCCACAUUAGUCUUAAACAGCUCGCUAAGGUCUAAAAGCCCAAGCCUAAGCCUAGAAAGACUCGUUAGAAGCCCUAAUCAGCCUAUUAUCGAAAAUCUCAUCGAUACCACGCGCCCCACCGAAAUAAAAACGCAACGCAGACCGCGUCGCGUCACAACACACACAAAUAAAGAAACGAUUCAAAUUCCCUCCGUUUUUUGUGCGUUGCGGUCUGCGUUGCGUGUUUAUUUCGGUGGAGCGCGCGUGGUACCGAUGAGAACCCCCCAAUUUUCACCCGCAAAUCCAUUUUCAGGUAAUGCUCCCGGUGCAACUCAACAAAUCGCGCGCGGCCGCCGCACGAAACCUCUACGGAAUGCCGCCCGAACAACUUCUCGCCUACGCCUCCUAUGUGCCGGGACUUCGCGCAACAAUCGGCAAUUAUUUGUAUCCGCAAGUCGGAAAUGGCAAGUUUUCUCCUCGAUUUUUUCUAUUUUUCGUAGCUCAAAGAAGAAAUGUCUUUGAAUUAUUCACCGUCCAAACAAAUUACAUAUAA